UCAGAUUAUAUUUUGUAAAAAAUCAAGUACAAAAGUGCCUUUUUUUCGGCGAAAUAGUGAGAAAUCCAGAUAAAUCUGUUAUCCAAUAUGCCAAUGAUAUGUUAAUGAUAAUCAGUUAAAGUUUUAAGAUGAUGGAACCUGCAGAAGUCGAGUUUUUGGCUGAAAAAGAACUUGUAACUAUCACCCCAAAUUUUGCUCUGGACACUGUUUUCUUGAUUGGGGGUGACAUUGGACCAUUCAAUCCUGCUCUGCCCAUUCAGGUUCCACUCUGGUUAGCUGUAAGCUUCAAGCAGAGACAGAAAUGCCACAUAGUUCCCCCUGACUGGAUGGAUGUUGAAAAAUUACAGACAAAGAAACAGGAUGAAAUAGAAUCUAAAAUAUUCACUGAGAUGCCCAAUCCUCAUUAUAUGGAGGUGACACAGUUACUCCUGAAAUGUGCGACUGAUGAUAUUCCGCGCGCAGAUGAAAUCAGAACUCUGAUAAAGGACAUCUGGGAUUUGAGAAUGGCGAAACUACGGAGCAGUAUUGACUCGUUCUUGAAGAGUGAAUCUACUCAUGCCAAGUUGAACCACCUGACUUUAAUGGAGAUCAACACCGUGCGACCUUACCUCACAAAAGCUUUGGACGAGAUGCAUAUAUUACGGACUAAUCUGCAAUACGGUCCUAGGGCGUCUCAGGACUGAUCAGAUAAACAAGACUAGACUGUUUAAGGUUUUAAGCAGAAGAGACUUACCAUCUGUGAACACCUUUGUUUCUGAAAGCCUGACAUUUUCACGAUUUCCAUGGCAAGGUUUGCAAGUGUGAACAUAACUAGGACUGCAAAAAUUUGUAUCGUUUGUUUAUCAUUUGAAAAUGGCUUCAUACACACCGACAAAAAUGAUGCUAGCAAAAUCUGAAAUGUUUUUGCAAACAAAUACAUGUUGGCACUGCAGAAUUGAAGGGGUUAACAGAUAGACUCUUCUUUGACCUCAUUUUCAGCCAGCCUAAAACUGGAAGGUGUAAUGUACCUGUACAUAUCAUAUAUUUACAUGUGUAGGUAAUUUGCAGUAUUACUAA